UUGUGUCUGUUUGUGUCUCUGUGUGUCUGUCUGUCUGUGUGUUUGUGUGUGUGUGUGUCCGCUCACCUGUGAGGACACAUGUCUCAUAUGCACCACGCGGCUCUGGACCAGCACCAUCCGGGCCAGUACAACCAGAUCUGCACCGCGCACAGCAGCGCGGGGACAGAGCCGAGCUUCCCCGGCCAGAGGAGCCGGAGCCCCCGCAGGAGGUGGCAGCUGUUCCCGGGGAGGAACCGGUUCUACUGCGACGGGAGGAUCAUGAUGGCGAGGCAGACCGGAGUCUUCUACCUGACCCUGGUGCUCAUCCUGCUCACCUGCGGCCUCUUCUUCACCUUCGACUGUCCCUUCCUGGCGUCCAGCCUGUCCCGGGCCAUCCCGGCUGUAGGGGGCGUCCUCUUCCUCUUUGUGAUGACGAUGCUGUUCAGGGCGAGCUUCACCGACCCCGGCGUCCUGCCCCGCGCCACGCCGGACGAGGCCGCCCAGCUGGAGAGGCAAAUCGGUAACCAUGGUUUUGAUGUGUCUAUGGUGUGUUGA